GAGCUCACUUUAAAUACUCCGUGAAAAAUCAGUGGUAAAGGAAGGUCUCUCCAAAAAGCAACAUUUACUGGUUCUGAAAUGUGGCAAAUAAUUGGUCUCUUGUUGAUGGUACAUUAUGGAAUGGCAUGCGACCGUUCUGUGGGUCCGUCAGGAGUCGUACAGUGCAUUCUGCUACCAAGAUACAACUAUCAGUACCAAUGGGCAACAUGCCUGACUGAUACAUACAUCAAGCAAAAAAGCUCCCAACAGCACCGCUGCAGUGAUUGGUCUGCAACUUAUUGCUGGUACCAGUGUAUGCUUGAAGUCAAUGACAAAAACAACGGCCCCGUAACAAACGACUGUUCCUGUAGUCCCAGCCAAACUACCGUCUAUCCGCCAAUAUCCCCUACAACUUCUCUGCCAGCAGAAUGCUACAGUCCGUCCGGGAAAUCGUGUGACUGGUACCGCAAUUGUUUGGAAAGAAAGUACCCUUGCGAGCCCACAACCAAUGCCUAUGCAAUAGCAUAUGCCGAGAAGUUUUGUCGACUUUACGAUGAACACCAAAGCUGGUUUACUGAAAAGGGACAAAAUUGGAUAGAUGGUGUUCGUAAGUGUCUUCAGGUAUCUUUAGUACCCUUACUGCGUCCAUGGAGUAAGCCAACGUGCAAGGAAAUAAGAGACCGGGCUUUUGUAUCCCAUACACCAUGUUACUUGAAUCCUGACAAAGAUGCGCCAUCCAUCUGUGAUCUUGAAUGUGGAGAAUACUUUAAGAUCUUCUUCGUCAUCAAAGGAGCGUUCUCGGAUUACGAUACUGCAUGGGAAUCCAUGAAAGGGAUGUGGAACAUUGGAAACGAGUGUGGUUUAAAGUGUUCCAAAACAUGGCUACGAGAAAAGGGUAAAGAAAUCGUGAAGAUUACCAGAGUAACCAUCCAAAAAUUUCAGCGACGACAACGACGUUCUUCAGAUCCCCUCCCCGAAGCAGAUGCAAGAAGCAGAUUCGCCUACCAACUUGGUUCAGCCAUUGCUAUCUCAAUGUCAUGGAACAUGGAUAUCAUGGACUGGCUUUCCUAUCCUGGCAACACCAUAGCUGGAAAAAAUUCCAGCAGUUUCGACAUCUUCAUAGUACUUGCUGACAAAAAGGGCCUUGGGAUCGUUAACAACACUAAAGUACCAAUAGACCUGAACGAUAAUGUCCAAGCUUUCGCUGUUGCUAUUAAACAGGGCAAGCUGCCAUUACAAGUUGACGGUUUCAAUGUAUGGCUCAAGUCUAUUGCUUCUUGCUCUGAUAAGUCUUGUGAGCAAGCCCAAACGCUAGCAGUUUCAGACAGGCCCCCUCACUGGAAUAAUGGUACAGCAAAGACGUCAAAGAGUCCUAUUGAAGCCCUAACGCUGGCAGUUUCAGACAAGCCCCCUCACUGGAAUAAUGGUGCAGCAAAGGUGUCAAAGAGUCUCCUGAAGGUGCUUGGCUUCGCUGUUAUUUCAUUCCUAUUCAAUAACAAUCGCUAAGUACGAAAAUGAUGCUAGCAUGCUAUCUGCUUUUAAAAGCUAUUUGGAUGAUUGAAAAAAUUAAAUAAGCUGGCACACUCUAUGUUAAUCCCGCAAUCAUYUUGUUUAGUUUAUUAAGCUAUAAAAAUAUGUAGAGGUCGUAUAUGGGUUGACCUUACUGCUUAGGCUAGUGUCUUUGURUUAGUGUUGCCUUGGAAGAAAGACUUGUCUGAUCAUCAAUGUCGAACAUCCUGUCUUCAUCACCAAAGUCUAGAUCUAGAGUAGUUAACUAGAUGGCAUGCAUCACUAAGAAGCUAGAGUGAUAACUUUUAUUAUAAUCAAAUGGAUUCUCAAAAAGUCUCGUAUAUAUUCAACUUAAAGGAACAAUAGCAAGUAGCUCAGUCAUACGCUGAAAGCAAAUGUAAAACUAGUGGCAUCAUGAUUGUAUUUUGUGCAUGGCUUAACAUUCACUGGUUUUGACACUAUCAAUAAAGUUAAGACACAAAGCUUUA